GAUACAACACCGGAGAGGAAGAAGGCAGGAAGUGAGACUCGGUGAACGUGGCGGAGAGCAGUGGGAGAAUGUUGCAGCUGAAAUCAAAUCGUCUUCAGUUCAGGAUCUGAGAGUUUCUUUAUGAAGAUAUGGAUCUUCGGCGCAGACUGCUGGAUAUCAACUGGGAACCUCGGGCCCAUUUACACAGCAGAUCAGACCACCCACACCAAAAUAUUUGCAAAGAGGUUCUUGUACAUGAACAGCAUCCUGCACAGAUUAAUGAUGAAGAGGAGGAACGAGAACAUCCACACAUUAAAGAUGAUGAGGAACCAGAACCUCCACACAUUAAAGAUGAUGAGGAACCAGAACCUCCACACAUUAAAGAUGAAGAGGAGGAAACAGAACCUCCACACAUUAAAGAGGAAGCAGAGGAACCAAAGCAUCCACACAUUGAAGAGGAAGAGGAGGAACCAGAAUCUAUACAUAUUAAAGAGGAGGAUCUCGAACCAGAACCAAACCAUGAUCAGCUCCUCUCAGAGAACAGAAGCCUCAGGAGAGAUGCAGACAGCUCCACUUCAAAGACUCGAAGGAACACCAACACAAAUGUGAAAGCUUUUCAGUGUGACAAAUGUGGACAAAGUUUUAAGUUAAAAUCCAAAUUAAUAUUACAUUCUAGCAUCCACACCGGUGAGAAGUCACAUGUUUGUCCGACAUGUGGGAAAAGGUUCAGACUGAAAGAUUAUUUAUCAAACCACAUGAGAGUGCACACAGGUGAGAAGCCCUUUUCCUGUCAGUUUUGUGGGAAAAUGUUCCGACGGAAAGGUCAUUUAUCAAGCCACAUGAGAAUGCACACUGGUGAGAAGCCAUUUUCAUGCGAGAUCUGUGGGAAAAAAUUCAAACAGAUACAUCAUGCAUCACUUCACAUGAGAGUGCACACAGGUGAGAAGCCAUACGCUUGUGAUGAAUGUGGGAAAAAUUUUUCAAGUUCUUCUUCCUUGCGUAAACACAAGUUCGCACGGACAAGUGGACAUUAUCAUUGCAAAUUUUGUGGGAAAAUCUUUUCACAUCUUUCUGCCUUUCAUAGACAUAAGGCCACUCACACAGAUAAGUAUGCCUGUGAACUAUGUGGAAAAAGAUUUGGAGAAAAAUUUAAAUUAUCCAGACACAUGACAUGCCAUAUGGAUGUUAGACCAUAUCUGUGUGAUAUUUGUGGGAAACAUUUCAAAACUGAAUUUUUCAUGAUGGUUCACAAGAGGAUUCACACAGGCGAGAAGCCAUUUUCUUGUACAUUUUGUGAGAAACGUUUCAGUCAAAAAGUGAACUUGACUCAUCACAUUAAAACUCACACAGGAGAGAAGCCAUUUCAUUGUGAGAAAUGUGGAAAGUGUUUCUGCAGCAAAAAUGGGUUGUCAGUCCACAUGAGAAUUCACACUGGAGCGUUGCCUUAUCCUUGUGAGAAAUGUGGAAAAGCUUUUCGCUACCAAUGUACCCUGUUGUCCCACAUGAAAACUCACCCAGGAGAGUAG